GCCACUCAUUAUUUUCAGCCUCGCUCUCUCUUAACUCUUGUUCACUUUUGUGAGCCAACACUCCCAAUCCUCUCUACCACUUUUAUCACACAAAUUCUAGCAUCACUCGUUUUAUCUUCAUCUCCCUCACCGAGUUUUUUCUUUUUAUCUCCACCUCCCUCACUUUAAUGCUAAUGAUAUUAUAAUAUAUUGGUAACUUUGGUUUUCCUAGUACAAGAUGAUACCCAUCUCUACAUACUCUCUAAUAAUAAUAAUCUGACUUCAGUCUUCUCGUUCACGUACACACUACACUACACUACUAGCAGAGGCCAAUCAGAAAUCUAAGCUAAUUGAAUUCCAGGCGCUUCACUUCAAUCAAGCGAGCACUUAUGCUUUGCACCUAGGCUCCAAGAGAUCUUGCGUUUAAGUGCGCCCCGUGCUUUUACUGGUGCUAGUUCAAAAAGAUAGUAAAUAAGUAUUUGAAUUAUUUGUCUUAUUUGUGACAUGUAAUUAUAGAAUAUUUAUUCUGUGAAUAUUCACGUGAAUAUUCUAUAAUAUUUAUAUUGGUGACAUAUUUGUUUGUUAGAUUUAUCAAUCUUGUUCUAUCUACAUCAUCAAACAAAAUUAAAUAUGAAUUAUGAUUGAUAUGUGAAAACCUUUUCUUGUCUCCUACUACAAUCUGUCCAACAGUAAACAAAUUAAGCCAAAAUGCAAGACACGAUGGUCCUAUUCCCAGCUCCAGGCAUGGGCCACAUGAUCUCAAUGGUUGAGCUAGGCAAGCUCAUCCUCCACCACUACCAUCAUAAGUUCUCCAUCACCAUCCUCCUCACCACAGGCUCCUUCCAGAACACCCCAAGUGUCACCUCUUACAUCCAACGUAUCUCCCAAUCCAACUCCUCCAUCUCCUUUUACUGCUUACCCUCUGUCUCUGUUGACACAACCCCAACUCGAAGCCGUGCAGCCAUGGCCUUCGAGUUCAACCGCCUCAGUACUGCCCAUGUCCCCCAUGCACUCCAACAGAUCUCCUACACAUCCACUCUUAGGGCUCUUAUCAUUGACCUUUUUUGCACCUCAGCUCUUCCUAUAGCCAAACAACUCAACCUUCCUGUUUAUUAUUUCUACACUUCUGGUGCUUAUGCUCUCGCUUCUUUCUUAUACUUUCCCAAGAUCCAUGAGCAAAUAACAAAAAGCUUUAAGGACCUUAAAACCACUGAGCUUCUCUUCCCCGGAAUGUCAACAUUGAAAGCCACCCACAUGCCUGAACCAACCCUCGAUCGAGACGAUCCAGCUUACUGGGACUGGGUCUACUUCUGUUCACAGCUUCCAAAAUCAAAUGGGAUUAUAGCAAACACGUUUGAGGACCUGGAGCCAAAAGCCAUAAAGACCAUUGCUGAUGGUGUAUGUGUCCCUGAUGAGCCAACUCCACCUGUUUACUAUAUAGGUCCUUUAAUUGCUGAAGCAGAAGAACGAGCAGGUGAAGAUGGAAAUGAAGUUGGUGAUGAGAAUGAGUGUUUGUCAUGGCUUGACAGGCAACCAAGUAGAAGUGUUGUGUUCUUGUGUUUUGGUAGCCGAGGAUCUUUCACAGUGGCACAAGUUAGAGACAUAGCUAAUGGCUUGGAAAGGAGUGGACAAAGGUUCUUGUGGGUGGUGAAAAAGCCACCACAAGAUGAGAAAACUAAGCAAAUUGAGCAGUAUGCAUCGGAGUUUAAUUUGGAUAGUGUGUUGCCAGAGGGGUUCUUAGAAAGAACAAAAGAUAGGGGCAUGGUGGUGAAGUCAUGGGCACCCCAAAUGGCGGUGCUAAGAAAGGAAUCCGUUGGCGGGUUUGUGACACAUUGUGGGUGGAAUUCGGUGUUGGAGGCAGUGGUUGCCGGAGUGCCGAUGGUGGCGUGGCCACUCUAUGCUGAGCAGCAUCUGAAUAGAAAUGUUUUGGUGAAGGAUAUGAAGAUGGCUAUUGGCGUGGAGCAGAGAGAGGAUGAUGGGUUUGUGAGAGGGGAUGAGGUUGAGAGAAGGGUUAGAGAGUUGAUGGAGUCGGAAGAAGGGAGAGAACUCAGGAAAAGGAGCUGGGAGAUGAGAGAAAUGGCUUUGGCUGCUUUAGGAGAAUUUGGUUCGUCUACCAGAGCCUUGGUUAAGUUCGUUGAGGCACUUGGGUAGUGCCUGUGGUGGAAUUGGAUACCAGGUUGAAAGUGAAAAUGUUUCUCCUACACAUGCUUGUGGAGAAGAUGUAAACUGUGAAAGCAUUUGAGCGAGGUUUGGAUAUGGUGAAUGGUCAAAUCUUAUCAAAUAAUUUGUAAUGAAAGACUUGUGUGAUACUUUCUGGUUCUCAGUACUCUUUUUAAGUCUGUCCUGAAUUUCUUGUGAUUUUCCCUUCAUGUCUGGAGAAGGAAAUGUGUCUUCCGCAAAUAGUAAUAUUAUUUGAUAGAGUGAGAGAGCUUUGAGUUGUUUAACCUUUCCUAAGUCUCCAAACAAAGAUUCAUGAGCCAAGUACUCUCAUUUACUAUAUUUUCAGUUUACUCUAUAGUCUA